AUGGAGACUGAUCCUCUUCUUGGAUGUGCCGCAUCCAUCUUCCCCUUGAUCGACACUGUCGUAUCGAUCGUUCAGAAAGCCCGUCGAACACAUAGGAACAGCUUGGCACUAGUCAGUCGUGCCAGCGAGGUCCACGAGCAACUUCAGCAAUGGCAACCACCCCACUUCAGCGUCAUGGAAUCGUUCGAGGAGCAGAUGCAGGUAGUCCAGCAUUCGAUACAGACAGCCCAGGCGUUGCGGUACGCAACACUGCUGCAUCUGCACCAAGCCGUGCCCGAGAUCCCCUCUGAGUCGUCUGCGGAGCUGGCUCGGAAGGUCCUCUUGAAGCUAGCCAGCAUACCCUCCUCAAGCGUCGUGACGAACCUACACAUCUUCCCGUUACUGGCCGCCAGCGUUGAGCUGACGGACCCUGAGGACCGCGAGUGGGCAGAGCAGCGGUGGCAUGCCAUCAUCGGGCGACUGCGUGUGAAGAAUGUAGACACGUGCUGGGAUAUUGUUCAGGCGACCUGGGCCCGGCGUGAUAUCCACGAGGCGGAGAAGGUGCCGGCAGAGCCCAGAGCAGAUAUUGAAAUGGAUCCGGUGUGCACGGUGAGAGGAAAGCUACACUGGCUGAAUGUGAUGGAGGAUCGGAACUGGCAAGUAACCCCAAUUCUAGUCUUUGUCGGUUAA